AUGGCUCACAGGCCGCGGGAAGUGCUUUCCAAAGUCGAACGUGAUACGCUUCGAGAACUCAAGGCCGACAAAGACCUGGUCAUCGUGCCAGCGGACAAAGGACGCGCCACAGUUGUACUGGACAGGACAGACUACCUUCAAAAAGCCAAAGGUUUACUGGAGGACCGACAGUUCUAUGUCCCAUGUGCAACGAACCCUUUAAAGGCGCUGACACGCGAAAUUAAUGCCACGUUGUUGGCCUUGGAGAACUCAGGUGCAAUAACACCGACCGACAGACGCAUGGCGAGACCCCAAGAUACGGCUUUGGCCCGAUUCUAUGGCCUCCCUAAGGUGCACAAAGACGGCGCUCCUCUCCGACCCAUCGUGUCGCUCAAAGGGACUCCAACGUACGGACUGGCUAAGUGGCUGUUCCGGCGUCUCAAGUUCCUGACCGCUGAGUCAGACACCACGGUCUCUUCGUCAGCACAAUUCCUGGAGAAACUCAAAGGGGUAAGCAUCCAUCCAAAUGAGGUCAUGGUAUCUUUUGAUGUUACAUCCCUUUUUACUUCUAUUCCCCAGGACCUGGCGAUCGAGACAAUUGAGCUGCUACUACAAAGCAAAUACGAUGAAACGGAGAACCCUCUUGGACACGCCCAAGUCCUUCAGCUCUUGAAGCUCUGUCUCAGGACGUACUUCACGUUCGACGGGACAAUCUACGAACAGGUGAAGGGCACACCAAUGGGUUCGCCGAUUUCAGGAUUCAUGGCCGAGGCGGUCCUGCAACGGUUAGAGUCGCUGGUCUUCCAAAGCCACAGACCGAAAUUCUGGGCCCGGUAUGUGGAUGAUACCUUCGGCGUCAUCGAACGGGAUCAGGUGUUGACAUUCCAAGAACAUCUCAACGCCGUCUUCCCGGACAUUCAAUUUACGAUGGAGGAGGAAGAAAACAACCAGCUGGCCUUCCUGGAUGUCCUCGUAUGCCGCAAGGAUUGUGGUGGACUAAAGACCAAAGUGUUCAGGAAGGCGACAACUACGAUGCAAGUACUGAACUUCAACAGUAACCACCCAGUCAGCCACAAACGCAGUUGUGCAAGGACGCUCUAUCGGCGUGUCGAAACGCACUGCAGUGAGCCGGAAGACAAAAUUGCUGAACUACAAUACCUCCGACGGGUCUUCAAAGCCAAUGGCUACCCGCGCAACUUUGUCAACCGGUGCAUACGUAAAAGGGACGAAAGGCCUAACCGCAUGGACACCAAGUCUUGGCGGGCACUUCCGUAUGUCAAGAACGUUUCGGAAGCUGUCGGCCGCCUUCUCGCACCACUUGGGGUUGGAGUGGCACACAGACCGGAGGCAACCAUCAGGCGUCUGGUCAUGUGA